AUCAGGCCUUAAUGAUAUUAUCAAUUAACUUUAAAGACCAUAACUUAUAAUAAUUCGAUUAGUUUAAUAAUAAUACUUUAUAAAUUUCCCAGAAAGUAAUCGGAUAGGCAACCAAUAAAACAUUCGUCUUCCUCAACUGCCAUUAGACAUAAUUUUCAUAAGUUAAAAGGAGGUUGAAAAAACAAAUGUAUAUUCGUAGAACAGUUCCCGUACAGAUUUUACCAAGUCUUUGAUUUAGUAUUAUAAUUUAUAGUGACACGUUGUUCUUGUUACAAAUUAUCGAUUUCAUCAAUUCGAAAACCUAACCUCAACUUGACUUGAUGUCUCCCUGUCAUUUGCCUGUCAAAAUUAAUGAUAAAAUAUCUAAAAGGAUUUAAUAAAAAUGUACCAAAACGCUUGCGGAGCGGCGGCUGCAAGUGCUGGAGGAUGUGUCGGAACAGAACGUGAUUGUCACAGCUUAAUAUCAAAAGAACCAGCAGUUCCAGCCAUCGAGCAUGACUACAGUGGUUUCGACAUUGUUAAAGCGACUCAAUAUGGGGCGUUUGCCCGAGUAAAGGAACUAGUAGAAGCCGGUUACAACGUGAACCAAAGAGACAGCGAAACAGUGACUCUUCUCCACUGGGCUGCUAUCAACAACCGCAAAGACAUUAUAAGGUAUUUUAUCGAAAAGGGGGCUGAAGUGGACGCCGUGGGUGGCGAAUUAAACGCGACUCCUCUCCAUUGGGCUACUCGACAAGGUCAUUUAGAUGCUGUGGUGAUUUUGAUGAACGCUGGGACUGACCCCACACUCAGAGACGCUGAAGGCUGUUCGUGUAUACAUCUGGCAGCGCAGUUUGGACAUACGGCACUUGUGGCCUAUUUCAUAGCCAGAGGGAUUAGUCCAGAUUUGGUGGAUAGGGCAGGAAUGACACCUUUAAUGUGGUCGUGUUGGAAAGUUUGCACUUUAGAUCCAACUAGAUUGUUGUUAACACUUGGGGCAUCCCCGAAUUUGACGGAUCAUCAAGGAAAUACCGCAUUGCAUUGGGCUAUUUUAGCCAGAAAUACUUCAGCUAUUUCAACUUUAAUAAUUCAGGGACAAGCAAGUUUAAAUGUACCUAAUCAUAGGGGAGAUACGCCGUUGUCGAUGUUACAGACACAAUUAGGUGCUAUUUGGAUAGGUUCUAAAGUUUCAGACCGUAUCAAAGAAGCUUUAGGUAAUGGAAAUACAAGAAAUAUUUUAACAAGAAUUACUAAAGAUAAGAGAUUACGGUGGUGGUGCAUGGUAGGCACUCCAUUCAUGGCAUUUUACAUCGCUGGUUCGAUUUUAGGCACAAAUUUAAUAAUUUUAAUCAAGCUAUUUCUAUUAGUGUGCUUAUAUAUAAUUUUACAUUAUGCCGGUCAAAUUUUAUACGACGAUAGAUUAAUGGCACUUCUACCUCUUAGUAUUUAUUUAUCAACAAAAUUAUGGAUGUAUUUCACAUGGUUUAUUUAUAUCAUGCCAGCUACAAACAUUCUAAUAACAAUUGUCUUCCUAAGUAGUUCAGGAAUAUUGUGGUAUUGUUUUCUCAAGUCAUGGCUAGGUGACGCUGGUGUCAUCUCGACUUCGCAACAGCUAAGAUUCAGGACUAUAAUUGAAUUAGCCGAACAAGGUUCAGGAGGAUUCGAACCGUCGACGUUUUGUUCGUCAUGUCUUGUGAGAAGGCCUCUAAGAUCUAAGCAUUGCUCGGUGUGCAAUAAAUGUGUUGCAAGGUUUGAUCAUCACUGUCCUUGGGUUGCUAAUUGUAUAGGUGCUAAAAAUCACAAAUAUUUCAUCGGUUUUUUGGCCAGCUUAGUCAUGAUGUGCUGUCAGAUGUUGUAUGGAUCUGUGAAAUUUUGGCAAAACCAAAGCACUUGCAACGUCACAACGUCCGAAGGUUAUUGGAAAUUCGUGUUAUCAAUAGCUCAAUGUGACACUUGGGUGGCUUGGGUCGCUGCUAAUACUCUAUUUCAUUGCGUCUGGGUUUUCACGUUGUUUGUGUGUCAACUGUAUCAGAUUUCGUGUCUUGGUAUGACAACAAAUGAAAGGAUGAACAGAGGGCGCUACAGUUAUAUAAUAAGUAAUGGCGGGAAUAGUCCAUUUUCAAAAGGUCCUAUAAAAAAUAUCCUCGAAUUUUUCGAUUGUACUUGUUUCGGAAUUUUCAAACCAGAAAAUAAGGACUGGUUGACGAGUUAUGAUUUAGAUAAGAAUAUCGAACAUCAACCACUUUUGAAAAACAAGGAGAAUUUUCAAUAUGUGUAAAUAUUGAUGAACAAUAAUAAUCCAAAGCUAUGACUGAGACAUGUAUGGUCAAUUUGUAAAGUUAGCUCUCUAAGUGAAAACAUUCCUUUGUCGAAUUGCAUUGCUUCCGUGAGGUGUCAUGUAAAUAUUUUAAUUGUAAAUACGUACCAUAAACAUGAUUAAUUAAAUUGAUGUAAGAAAAUAAACAAAUUCUUCGCAUCAGUUUUAUUAAUCUAGGCUUAUUAGUAAUAAUGAUUAAGUACAAUAAUUUUAUCACGUAUGUACAUGCUUUAGCAAUUACAGUCUAGUCAACAAAUUUGGCAUGUACUUAUAUAAUGCAGUAAAUGCACCAAAAUUACACUAAAUUUCAAUAAGUGUCAUUUUUAUUCACAAAAUUUAUGUGUAAACUAAACAAUGGUUGUGGAUAAAAUGAAUAUGCUAUUACUGCAUAUUUAACGCGUUUGAGGUUGACAUUUGUUCACAACUAACAAAUUUUAUUAUUGGUCGAAUAAAUCAAAAAUCUGUUUCUGUUUGUCCAAGUCAAUUUUUUAUAUGAGUAGAGUAGAUUUAAACUUGCCUUCUAGCUAAAUAUUUAGCUUGUUAUUAAUCUGUUCGUGGCUUUCUGUGUAAGCUUUAAGCGUUGUAGAUAACAUCACAUUUUACAGUAAUGUUUAUAUUUAAACACUAUUUGCAUUGUACAUUGUACCUAUUAUAUUUUGUAUGUAAUAAUUACAUUACAUUCACUGAAA